GACGUUACUCAUUACGCAUAGCAACGUCAUAUUGCGUCCGGAAAAAAAAUACACCAGUUGUUUUUAAACCAUUAAAACAUGGGAAAUUAAUGGCUAGUGAAAAUCGAGGCUGUUUCGUUUGGCUCAUAAGUUUAAAGAAGUCUUGCAACGAAAGGUUUGCAAGAUUUCGAAACCGCAUGCGCCAAAGAUACUAUGCAAGAAGAGGCAAGACUCUUGACCCAGAAACCCUGUUAAAUGAAACAGGUACUGCCGACAUGGUCGUCUGUAAGAUUGCCAGCAAGUCAAACAAAGUCGUUCCUCAAAACCUGUCAUCUAAGAAUGACGAUAAUGUUGAUACAGAAAAUACAACAGUGACAGAGAUCAUUGCAAACGACAAGACCACAGCAGACGACAAACUUGUCGCAGAGUACGUGACAUGCAUCAUAAACAAGGCAGCCGACACCCUGAGACAGGAGUUGUCUAACAACACAAUUCCCGUAACAGUGAGUCCAGCAGACGACAACAUAUCAUUGUCCUCUAGUAUCAUCAGCCAAAUUGCUGAUAUGGCUGUAACUGAGAGCUUGUCAAAUAUUGUGAUGGAUGCUGACAUCAACCAGUCUGCUACUAGAGCUCCUAGAACUGUCAAAGAAUUCAAGGAAGCAUUUGGCAUAACCGGAUAUGACGUCAUUGAUGACGGUCUUCCACCUGUAAGCGUGUAAGAGUACAAGAAGAAGAAAGAAACAACGUGUGUGUGUGUGUUUUUUUUUGUUUGUUUGUUUUGUUGUUGUUGUUUGUUGCUGUUUUGUUUUAUUAAUUUGUAUGUGCUUUUUUCCUUUUUCUUUUUUGCUUUGCUUGUUCGUUUUACGUUUGUUUUUCAUGUUCUGCUUAGGCAUCGAUUUGAUUUCAAACAUAUUUUAUUGUCAUAAAGAUGUUUCUGAAUUUUAUUUUCACAAAUAAAGUCUAUCGAAACAU